AUGGAGAAACAAUUCCACACUGCCGACAAAGAGAGACGUGCUGAUGCACAACCUUACCAAGCAGGUGCUGAUGCACAACCUUACCAAGCAGGUGAUGUAGAACCUUACCAAGCAGGUGCUGAUGCAGAACGUUACCAAGCAGGUGAUGUAGAACCUUACCAAGCAGGUGCUGAUGCACAACCUUACCAAGCAGGUGCUGAUGCACAACCUUACCAAGCAGGUGUUGAUGCACGACCUUACCAAGCAGGUGCUGAUGCAGAACGUUACCAAGCAGGUGAUGUAGAACCUUACCAAGCAGGUGCUGAUGUAGAACCUUACCAAACAGGUGCUGAUGUAGAACCUUACCAAGCAGGUGCUGAUGUAGAACCUUACCAAGCAGGUGCUGAUGUAGAACCUUACCAAGCAGGUGCUGUUGUAGAACCUUACCAAGCAGGUGCUGAUGUAGAACCUUACCAAGCAGGUGCUGUUGUAGAACCUUACCAAGCAGGUGCUGUUGUAGAACCUUACCAAGCAGGUGCUGUUGUAGAACCUUACCAAGCAGGUGCUGAUGUAGAACCUUACCAAGCAGGUGCUGAUGUAGAACCUUACCAAGCAGGUGCUGAUGUAGAACCUUACCAAGCAGGUGCUGUUGUAGAACCUUACCAAGCAGGUGCUGAUGUAGAACCUUACCAAGCAGGUGCUGUUGUAGAACCUUACCAAGCAGGUGCUGAUGUACAUUAA